AUGGCCGAAGAAAUUCUAAAUAACGAGCAAGUACUCCGCGGAUGCAUUCUCUACGAAUUCACUCAAGGAAGACCGGUUUUUCAGUCGUUUCUUCACUUCUCACGAUCUCUUGAUACGAAUUCGAUUGAUUAUCGUGAAUUUGAGUUCUGGUUCUAUCGAUUUUAUCAUGGAGAAACUGAUCUGACAUACGACACCAGUCUGGAGUCGAAAAAACCGACAUUGUUUGAAAUACCGGUAGAAAUUAUCGAACAAAUCGUCGAUGAACUUGAUUUCAGAACACAAUUGGUUCUUCGAAAAGUAUCGACAGACCUUCGUCAUAUCGUCGAAAAACGAGUUCCAUCAUACAAAUCAAUCACUCUGUUCAUCGAAGAUUAUGGUGCAAUGCUGUAUUUCGAUCAGCAUGAAGUUUUAUAUAACAGGAGUCGAGAGGGAUGCUGGGUCAGAUAUUUAUAUAGAGGAUCUCGAUUCCUUCCUGGAAUUGAUCCAGUUAAACAAGCAAUGAUUGAUUUGAAAUAUGCAUUGAGUCAUCCGAAAAUGAUGUUGGAAGAAUUGAAAAUUCGUGUUUUAUUGAGUAGUUACAGAGAGGAAGAUGGGAAAAACGAGAAGGAAUUGAGAGUUCAACACUUUCAGAGUAUUAAAGAUACUCUCUCUUCCCUCAACAAGCCGACAAUUAACGUGUCAAAACUCGAAAUGCACGUGAAAAAUCAUGAAGAAGUGCUCUCUGUUCUACCUUAUUUGACACCUGGAAUCCUAUCAGAAAUCGAUUUUCAUUGUGCAAAUACGGCGAAAAUCCGUCUGCAAAUGGCUCAAAUCAUCAAAUUAGAUCAAUGGAAACAGGCAGAAAAAUUGAAAAUCGACCGAUUUUUCACACAAUUUGAUCUGAAACACUUGGCACACUUCAAAAAGUUCGAAGUUUCGUUAGCAAAGAUAUCGAUAAAGAGUUUGGCUGAACUGAAAGAUACCCUCAUCCACUGUCCAGAGUUCGAUCGAUGCACUCUUGAAACAUCGAAACCAAUUAAUGUUAAAUCGAUUGAUUCGAAUUUCGGACAAGAGAUUCCACAAGAUCCACCAACCGAAAUGUAUCAUUAUUAUGCAGUUCCAGAUUCUGAGGAGAUUGUUUUGGAAAUGUGUGUAGAGCCGAAACGAAUUCGAUUCAAGAAGACAACCAGGAAAAGUAUGACACGAUGA